AUAAUCCUCUCAUGGAAUUCUGCUCCCUAUCUUUAAUUUGAUUUUAUCGUUUUUUCCUUGCACAGAAAAUCCCUGAACGAUUUUGUCUGUGUUGUCAGUCUUUACGUCUGCCAGCCAAGCCUUUCGUUACGCCUUUCAACGAUACCCUUCGCCCAAACGAAAUUGUCAUUUUGCUUGUCAGUUAGCUGCCGUUUGCCAUCUAUAGAUCUUCCAAUUUUCGGCUUUCACAGCCGACACUAGACCUUCUAGUGUACCCUUGACCGCGUCAUCUGGAUCUUGGGAACCAAUAUAGUCGUGGAAGGCCCGUUACCAGGAGGAAGGGCGACAUCUUCAAGGACAACUGUUUGAAAUAGAGAAUCAUGAAGGGCCUCACGACGUUGGCCAUCUCGGCGACUUUAUUAUCAACAUGCACCGAAGCACUUCAGUUACAGAGGAGGACCGAUGGACCAGCAAGAGUUGUAGGGUUUCAGAUCGAGAGGAACACGAUACGGAAUCCUGUGAAGAGAGACAGAUUACGGAGGAGAGCAGAGACUGUUCAAGCAACGCUGGAUAAUGAGGAAACGUUGUAUUUUGCAAAUGCGACAUUAGGGACACCAGCACAAAGCUUUCGGUUACAUCUCGACACAGGUAGCAGCGAUCUAUGGGUGAAUACAGCAUCAUCGACGUGGUGUAGAACGAAAGGAAGCCCAUGUGCAUUUGCAGGAACAUAUUCGGCCAACUCGUCCUCGACAUACUCGUAUGUUGCGAGCGACUUUAACAUUUCGUACGUGGAUGGAUCGGGGGCGGCGGGAGACUAUGUGACGGACACAUUCUCAAUUGGGACAUCAAGUUUGAGAAAGCUCCAGUUCGGUGUUGGGUAUGUCAGUUCGUCGAGUGAAGGAAUUCUAGGAAUCGGUUACGAGGUCAAUGAAGUGCAGGUUGGAAGAGCUGGAAAAGCGCCCUACAGGAACUUGCCCUCGCAGAUGGUGGAGGAUGGUCUCAUUCAAUCGAAUGCGUAUAGCUUGUGGUUGAAUGAUCUGGACGCGAACACUGGCAGCAUUUUGUUUGGCGGAGUCGACACCGGGAAAUACUUGGGUACACUGGAAACCCUUCCAAUCCAGGCCGAAGGAGGGUUUUUUGCCGAAUUUCUCAUCACGCUCACGGCCGUGAGUUUUGGCAACAUUGUGAUUGCCAAAAAUCAAGCACAGGCUGUCCUCCUGGAUUCGGGUAGCUCGCUCACCUACCUCCCAGAUGCCAUGACCGAGGCAAUCUAUGAGCAAGUGGAUGCUCAGUACGAUGCUUCCCAAGGCGCUGCUUAUGUCCCAUGUUCGCUUGCUGACAAUGCCACCACACUCAACUUCACCUUCUCCGGCCCAAUGAUAUCCGUUCCUAUGGAUGAACUCGUCAUUGUCGUCACGUCAGCUAGUGGUCGACAACUCACCUUCUCAGAUGGAACCCCAGCAUGCCUCUUUGGUAUCGCUCCAGCCGGAUCCAGCACCUCAGUAAUGGGCGACACGUUCAUCCGAUCCGCUUACUUGGUAUAUGACCUUGCCAACAACGAGAUCUCGAUGGCCCAAACGAACUUCAACUCAACAACCACUAACGUGGUUGAGAUAACAACAGGAGCAACCUCUGUUCCCGGUGCCACAGAUGUAUCUGAUCCAGUCGAUGCCGAAGUUGGGGUGGAUACUGGAGUCAUGGCUGGUGGAACGGCCUCGGUUGGCCUUGGGGGAACCGCAACUUCGAAAGCAUGGGCGCAACGAACAGCAGCGCCCAUGAACAUAGGUGCCAUGGCUGCCGUUGGAGCAGGCAUAUUGUACGCGGCGAUGUGA